CCUAGAAGAGCCAUGGAAGGGGACAGAAAUCACUCCUCUGUUGCUGUGUUCGUUCUUCUAGGAAUCACAGAUGAAAAAGAGCUGCAGGUGGUUCUAUUUUCAGUCUUCCUAGGGAUCUAUCUUGUGACCAUAGUUUGGAACCUGGCUCUUAUUAUCCUCAUCAAGAUGGACUCCCGGCUGCACAUACCUAUGUACAUUUUUCUCAGUUCACUGUCCUUUAUUGACAUCUGCUAUUCUUCUUCCAUCAGUCCAAAGAUGCUUUCAGAUUUCUUCAAAGAUGAAAAAACCAUUUCCUUCAUUUCUUGUGCCAUGCAGUAUUUUUCAGUAUCCUGGAUGGGUCAGGCUGAGUGCUGCCUGUUGGCUGCCAUGGCCUAUGACAGAUAUGUGGCUAUUGGCCGUCCUUUUCAGUACUCAUCCAUCAUGGCACCUGGACUCUGUUGGAAGAUGGUUGCUGGGGCACUUGGGACUGGUUUUCUUUCUAGUUUAGUUGAAACAGUUUCUUGCUUUCAUCUUGAUUACUGUGGGCCCAAUGUCAUUCAACAUUUCUUCUGCAACAUAUCUGAGGUUGUUAUUUUGUCUUGCUCCAAUCCCUUUAUAACCCAAAUGAUACUUUUUAUUGUUAUUUUAUUUGUGGGUUUUGGUUCUAUGGUUGUUAUCCUGUUAUCCUAUGGUUUCAUUGCAGCUUCCAUCCUGAAAAUAUCCUCAGUUAAGGGGAGUGCCAAGGCCUUCAAUACCUGUGCCUCCCACCUGGCAGUCGUGACAAUCUUCUAUGGCACAGUUCUCUCUGUGUACAUGCAUCCUAAUUCCAGACACUCUGAGCAGCAGGACAAGGUGCUGUCCGUGUUCUAUGUUAUCAUCAUCCCCAUGUUAAACCCUCUGAUCUACAGUUUGAGGAACAAGGAGAUCAGAGAGGCAUUCAAGAGGGUGACCAAGAGAGCUAUACAUUUAUAUUAA